UUUCAGCUAAAUGGCCGACAAACUUGCCUUCACCACAGCCGAUCUCGUCACAUGCCUAAUUUGUAUUCGGGAGUUCGACACAAAAACCCGCAAGCCGAAGGUUCUCCAUUGUGGUCAUACAGUAUGCGAGGAAUGUACUGAUAAUCUCAGAGAUUUCAAUGCGCCCCUUCUCGUUGUUCGAUGUCCGACGUGUCGUCAAUUCACUAAAAGACCGGUGGCAGAAUCAUGUAACACGAACUUCCAACUGAUGGGAUAUCUUGCCGAGAAGGAGAAAUUCGAACGAGAGAAAAAGGCGAAGGGUGGAAAACCGAAAAAACCAGAUCAAGUGCUCACUCUCAAAAUGGCUCGAAGUAACCGAAUGGAGAUUCAUGUUGCAUCGAAAAAAGAUCUUGAAGGACCUGAAUUGUAUCUUCGUAAGGAUUCCGAAGGAAAUACUCAUAUUGUUGUUGCUGGACUGACGGGAUCACCAGCAGAAGUUAUGAAGUUUAUUACUGAAAAUGGAAUUAGUAUUGAGACGGGAGUUCUGAUGCCACAAGUUGUGUAUGAUGAGGGUCGCACACGUGGCGGGACUGAAAAGUUUGCGAAGGUUAACAGCAUGGCAGCUGGUCAAUCUGCUAUCAAGUGCACAAAGCCACCGGUUAAACUCGAAGAGCUGGAGUUUCAUAAGACAUUUGAGCUGAAAGUAAGCGAGGAAUCUGGAUCACUUAAGAUGGAGCUGGUGCAGAAAGAAGAAGUUCCGAAGAAUGGAUUUGGAGUGUUCGAAGGAUGUAUGACAAAACCAUCUGCAAAACGUCUCAAAGAGUUUACCGACAGUUGUCCAGGCACUUCAGCCGAAGAUGAAGUCCAAGUUAUCGAGCCGGAGCCACUUCCAAAGCGUCGCCGUACGAGAAAAUAGAAUAACCUUCUCGAAGAGAUGACUAGAAAAUAAAUAUUCGGGCUUUUCAUAAUUCUCAUCCGCUAUUAGUUCUCAAAAUUAGAAGUUUUAACCUCAUACAAAAUGAUCUGCAUGAAAAUAUUUCACAUUUUAUAUUAAGUUUCUUUUCUCCUCCACACAUUCUUGGUCUCUCCCACCUCCUCCCCGUCCCCCCUCAGCUCUUUCUUUUAUCCUGAUUAAUUUGAAUGUUUUUUUGAUUCCACGUGUUCUCUUCCGUAUCAUUUUUCUAUUUUUAUUUAUUACUGUUCCAUUCCCCAAAUGUUUUUUUCUCGUUUCGUUUCGUUUUCGUGCUCUUUUAUUUAUUGCUCGAAUAUUCGAAUCGGAUAGUCUUUGAGAACCCAAUUUUAUAAAUGCAUUCAUUUAC